CGCGCAGCUAUAUUUGUAUCGGAUUACUAAGUUUUGAGAAUAUGCAGAAAAACUACGUUAUUCAACAGUGAAAUAAGUAAUAUUGCCUGAGCCCUCAAAGAUGGAUGCACCUGAUCCAAAGGCAAACAAGCAUGAAUCUCAGGCCAAAUACAUGCAGGCUAGAGAGGAGAGAAAGAAGCUCCUCACCCCUUCACACAAGUACAUGAUUGACAUCCUGGCCAACGGUCUGUUCUUGAAGCCAACAGCAGUAGAGGAAUUUAUUUUAGAUUGUUCACCUCUGGAUGAUUUUGAUGAUUUCUUCGCCAAAGGAGGUCGUAAGGCCAUUUCCUUUGUGUAUCAAAUGUCAGAAGUUCCAGGAAUAGAGUGUGGACGCUCAUAUACUGGCACUACCAAAAAGGGAAAAAUAUUGAGGCUGUUUUUAGCCAAUCUGUCUCAGACAUGCCUGACAGGUAUUUGCUGCUCUUUCACACGGACCAGAGUGGACAUUCCUGUGAAUUCAGAAAACAUACGUGAGGAGAUCUUCUUUUCAAUGGUCGAUGCCAGAGAGGGCCUUCUGAAAGGAACAAGAAAUGCCUUCAAUUUUCUGUUACCAGCUCUCGAUACAGGACAAAACUGGGGUGUCUUAGAUAAAUCAAGACAUGGUGAAAAAAUUAAAAGUAACUUCAAGUACUCCAUGAAGUGUUGCCUUAGCUCUUUAGAUGACAUCCAGAUGAGCAAUGAGAGUAUUGUUCACCUGAAUAAAGUCACUGACAUUGACUUCUCUAAGUUGGUCUCCGUUGAAGACAUGAAGGUUGCAGCUGCUAACUUUGACAUGGUGCAUCGACUGGAAGAAAUUCUCAUGCAAUGGUAUAAGCAAAUCGAGAAGGUCCUGAUAGAAACUGAUCAGUUAAGGAAAGGGGUUGAUUCUGCAGGCCCGUUAAGUGAGUUAGAAUACUGGAAAAAAAUGUCUUUAAGGUUCAACUCCAUCAUCAAUCACAUCAAGGGUCCAGAGUGUAAGGCGGUGAUGAUGGUGCUCCAUAUCAGCCACUCCAAGACUAUGAAGAUGUGGCGGGAGCUGGAUGCCAGGAUAACAGAUCGCGUAAAUGAGGCAAAGGACAAUGUCAAAUAUCUUAACACACUGGAGAAAAUCUGUCAACCUCUUUACAAUAGUGACCCGGUCACCAUGUUGAAAAGCGUGCCGAACGUCAUCAAUGCUAUUCAAAUGAUUUACAAUGUUUCAUUGUACUACAAUACCAGAGAAAAGAUAUCAGCACUGUUCGUAAAAGUUACAAAUCAGAUGGUUACAGCCUGCAGAUCAUAUAUUACUGACAACGGCAAAUGUCUAAUAUGGGACCAAGAUGCUGAGGAAAUGGUCAAGAAAAUGCAGGACUGCAUCUGCCUAUUUCAGGAGUAUCAGUCAUGCUUCCAGAAAGCAAAGAAAAAAAAUAUGGAAAGUCCUGGAAAGAAGCCCUUUGAUGUUUCAGAGAGUCAGAUUUUUUGCAAGUUUGAGGGCUUCUGCAAGCAGCUUGAAAAGAUCACACAAAUAAUUACACUGUUCAAGAUGUUUGAACCCCUUGGGAAAUCAAAUAUUGAGGGCAUUGAGAUUCUGGCCAGACAAUUCCACACUGUGUCCAUGAACCUGAAGAGGAAGCAGUAUGACAUGUUGGCUCCAAGGACCAUUGAAUUUGAGUCGGAUUUCACGAAGUUCAUCGCUCAAAUUGGCCACAUUGAGCAUCAGCUUCGGGCAUUUAUGAGUUCCUGCUUCGUGAACAAAUUCUCAUCUCAGCAAGCUCUGGUCCUAAUACAGCGUUUUCAGAGGCUGAAUAUUCCCUGUCUUGACUCGGAAAUCUCCAACCUGUUGGCUUGUAUUCUUCAGAACUAUUUCUCAGAAGUAGAGUUUGCGAAAAAGGUCUAUGAAAAACAGAGAGAUGACCCCCCAUUAGCUAGAAACAUGCCUCCAGUGGCUGGAAGGAUUGGUUGGGUCAAGCAUCUCUUCCAAAAAAUAGAGGAACCCAUCACAUACAUAAAAAACAACUCUGACAUCCUGUCCAGCCCUGAGGGACAAGAUGUGGUGAAAAUGUACAACCAAACUGCAGCUGCAUUUCUAGAGUUUGAGUCUGUUUACCACAGAGCAUGGAUGACUGAAGUGUCCAAACUGGAUUAUAUCUUGAAUAUUACUCUGCUGGUUCGUCACGCAAAGACUGGAAAAUUAGUUGUCAACUUCGACCCUAAAGUCACCGAGGUCAUACGGGAGGCUAACUGUUUGAUGAAGAUGGGAAUGGAGGUUCCGAAGCAGGCUUUGAAUCUGGUAAAGUUGGAAAGCAAACUCAACUCUGACCACCUCCGACUGCAGACCAUUUUGGCAGAUUAUGAGGCGACCAUUCAGAGCAUUCCUGCAGAGUUAGUCAACCUGAUGACUUCAAAAAUAAAACAUGUGGAAUCUGUGCUUCGCCACGGCUCAGUGAUGCUCACCUGGUCGUCCUUUCUCCUGGACAAGUUCUUCGAAAAUGUGGACGCUGCUUUGUUUGAGCUUAAACAUCUCGUAAAGAAUGUGCAGGAUGUCUGUAAGAUACACAUUGAUGAUGUCCUUAAAGACAUCUCAGAGACUGUGAUGAUUGAGCUCCCUGAAGACCAUGCAUCUUCAGUGCAGCACUUGAUGGACCUCAAUGAGAAUCAUUCUAAGGAGUGGACAAAGAUAUUGGACUUCAAAUAUAAUCGUGUUAAACGAGCAGUGAAGGAGCUUGGUAAUGUGUUCAGGGGCAUUUAUGAAUCAAAAAGCACAAAGAAGACUGUGGAGGAACCUGUUUCAGGUCAAUUGCCUAUCUCAGGACGACGGACUGUGUCAUUCUCAGGAGAGACUCAGAAAACCCCUAGUGAGGAUGUUGGAAGGAAUUCAGAAGGUCCUGACAGAGAUAGAGCAAUCAAAUUUAAGAAGGAGUUUAAGAAGCUUUAUGAAUACUUUACUGAGAGGGUAUUCGAUGCACUGGUGAAAACAACCAAGCUAUCUCUGGAGGCCCUGAGAAGGAGAGUGUGUGGCACUAAAUCGAAAUCAACAAAGUCUAAGAUGGUUUCGCUAUUAAAUAGUGAAGUCCAGCUGAUUAUACCAAACGUGGUAAUGAUUCCCGCUAUAGAGGAGAUCCAACAGGCAAUCAAUCGGUUAAUCGACUUGGUCUUGGAAAUAAGCAAGGGCAUUGCCUGGCAGCGGGAAUACAGUCAUGAUGGCACCAAGAACAAAGGCGGAGAAAAAGAACAUUUCUAUCACAGAGUUGUUGAACACAAGGACAUCAAAAAGGUUGUGGUCAUUCUGAAAUCAGCAGUCAGCACCCAAAGGAAAGAAGCAGCCGGUGUUCUGAAGCAAUUCAGCCCGUUCAGAGUGCUUUGGGAGGAGGACAGGAACCUCAAAGUCAAGGAAUUCAUGGACAGCAAUCCAUCCUUGAUCCAGAUCAAAUCUGAAAUCCAGCACUACGACUCAAUUGAAAAAGAUAUUGAUGAUAUCAAACCCAUCAUUGUUUUGGGGUCGACUGAAUUGUCAACAGCGCCAUUAAGGAAGUCCUUGACAGUUGAGACCAAAGCCUGGAAGAAGCUUUUGUGCAAAUACCUGAAGGAGAAGUACAAGAAGAAAAUGAUCGACACCAGCAUCCAUACAAACAAAUACAUUGUACAACUAUCCCACCCUGUGGCUAAUCUCGAAGAUGUGCGCAAAUCCAUGGGGGCCCUGUCUAAGCUCCGGGAUGCUGAAAUACAAACUGAUAUGACAUUGAUUUCCAUUGAGGAAGCUUUUGAAAUUUUGACUAAAUAUGAAGCAGAGGUGACCAAAAGAGAAGCAGAGGGAGUGUUCAAUCUGAGGCAUUUCUUCACAAAGCUUCAGUCUAAAGCUAGAUUAGUGCAAGAAGAACUUGUUCGUAAGCAGCCCAUUUUCAAACAAGACCUUCUGGAGGGUGUAACUACUUUCCAAAAUGAUGUUGGCACUUUUUUGAAUCAGUAUGAUACAGAAGGCCCCAUGGCUGAUGGAAUUGCUCCCCAAGAAGCCAGCUCCAGGCUUCGGAUCUGUCAGACUCAAUUUGAAGAACUGUGGAGGGAUUUCACCACGUAUAACUUUGGGGAGCAAAUCCUCGGCUUGCCAGUCACACAGUAUGACUGCCUACAGAAGAAAAAAAAAGAGCUUGACCUCCUGCACAAACUUUAUGGCCUAUAUGAUGCAGUGAUGGGUAAAAUCAGCGGGUACUAUGGCAUUCUGUGGACAGAAGUGGAUAUUGAGAAGAUAAAUGGAGAACUUUUGGAAUUUCAGAACAGGUGCCGAAAGCUACCCAAAGCACUGAAGGACUGGCCAGCUUUCAUGGACCUGAAAAAGACAAUUGAUGAUUUCAGUGAGUCAUGUCCUCUGCUUGAGAUGAUGGCAAGCAAGUCUAUGAUGAGGAGACACUGGGACCGGAUCACAGGCCUGACUGGGCACCAUUUUGAGGUGGAGUCCGUCACCUUUACGCUGCGCAACAUCAUGGAAGCGCCUCUUCUGAAGUACAAGGACGAUAUUGAGGACAUCUGUAUAUCGUCUAUAAAGGAGAAGGAUAUCGACGCCAAGUUGAUACAGGUGAAAGAAGUGUGGUCCGUCCAGCUCCUGAGCCUGAUCAACUUUAAGGAUAGAGGUGAACUGAUGCUGAAAGCGGCGGACACAACAGAGAUCCUUACCUUCCUGGAGGACAGUCUAAUGGUGCUGGGGUCACUGCUGAGCAACAGGUACAGUGCCUUCUAUAAAGCAGAGAUCCAGGAAUGGGUGUCAAACCUUUCAACAUCAUCGGAUGUCAUUGAGCAGUGGGUCAUUGUGCAAAACCUGUGGAUCUAUCUGGAAGCUGUGUUUGUUGGGGGUGACAUUGCCAAAGACCUGCCACAGGAAGCAAAACGUUUUCAGAACAUUGACAAGUCCUGGGUUACAGUAAUGCAGCGAGCCCACAAAGUCCCAAAUGUGGUGGAGUGCUGCGUGGGUGAUCCAAUUCUGGUACAGCUCCUCCCAGAUCUGCAGAAACAGCUGGAGUUCUGUCAAAAAUCUCUGGCAGGGUACCUUGAGAAAAAGAGGCUCCUCUUCCCACGGUUCUUCUUCGUGUCUGAUCCAUCCCUUUUGGAAAUCCUCGGACAAGCCAGUGACUCUCACACAAUUCAGCCACAUCUUCUCGGAGUGUUUGACAAUGUUAACGAAGCGGAGUUUCAUGCAACUGAGUAUGACAAGAUUAUGGGUGUUAUCUCACAAGAGGGAGAGAAGCUUCCGCUGGACCACCCUGUCAUGGGACAGGGACCCGUGGAGCUCUGGCUCGGGCAGCUGUUGUUACAACAGCAGGCUUCAUUGCACUCUGUAAUAAAAUCUGCAGAUCUAGAGGUCAACGAUGAAGACUUUGAACUUGUGCCUUUCCUCGACAAGUUCCAAUCCCAGGUGGGCUUGCUGGGAAUCCAGAUGCUAUGGACAAGAGAUUCAGAAGAGGCACUGCAAUCUGCUGAAUAUGACAGGGAGAUCAUGCCUUUUACCAAAAAGAAAUUUCUAAACCUACUCGGCGCACUAAUUAAACAAACAACCUGUGAUCUGACCAAAUUUGACAGAAUCAAAUAUGAGACGCUCGUCACAAUCCAUGUGCACCAGAGUGACAUAUUUAAUGACCUAGUAAAAAAGCGUAUCAAAUCUAUCAGUGACUUUGAAUGGCUGAAGCAGAGCAGAUUUUUCUUCAAGGAGGAUGUGGAUAAGGUCCUUGUGUCCAUUACUAAUGUGGACUUCAUGUAUCAGAAUGAGUUCCUAGGCUGUACCGACCGUCUGGUCAUCACCCCUCUGACUGACAGGUGUUAUAUCACACUGUCCCAGGCUCUUGGCAUGAGCAUGGGAGGAGCUCCAGCAGGUCCAGCUGGCACAGGAAAAACUGAAACCACUAAAGACAUGGGUCGCUGCCUCGGCAAGUAUGUUGUGGUUUUUAACUGCUCGGACCAGAUGGACUUUAGAGGACUUGGCAAGAUAUACAAAGGCCUUGCACAGUCAGGGUCCUGGGGCUGCUUUGAUGAGUUCAACAGAAUCGACCUGCCAGUGCUUUCUGUUGCUGCUCAGCAGAUCUACAUUGUCCUGAUGGCACGCAAGAAAGUCAAAACCUCUUUCAUCUUUACUGAUGGAGACUUAGUGCAUCUGAAUCCAGAGUUUGGCCUGUUUAUCACAAUGAACCCAGGGUAUGCAGGUCGUCAGGAACUUCCUGAAAACCUAAAAGUGCAAUUCAGGACAGUAUCAAUGAUGGUACCAGACCGGCAAAUCAUCAUGAGAGUCAAACUAGCCAGUUGUGGAUUUAAUGACAAUGUCAUAUUGGCCCAGAAGUUCUUUGUCCUUUAUAAACUCUGUGAAGAACAACUUACAAAACAGGUCCACUAUGACUUUGGCCUGAGGAACAUCCUGUCCGUGUUAAGAACACUUGGAGCCAAUAAAAGAGCACGACCUGAAGACACAGAGUCCAGCACUGUCAUGAGAGUUCUACGUGACAUGAAUCUUUCUAAAUUGGUGGAUGAGGAUGAGCCUCUCUUCCUCAGUUUGAUCAAUGAUCUAUUCCCUGGUAUCCAGCUGGAUGGGAGCACAUAUGUUGAACUUCAAGUUGCUGUGGCCCAUCAAGUUGAGCUUGCUGGUCUAGUCAACCACCCACCAUGGAACCUGAAGCUUGUUCAGCUUUAUGAGUCUUCUCGAGUGCGUCAUGGCCUGAUGACUCUGGGUCCAAGUGGAGCUGGAAAAACUGCGGCCAUCAACACACUCAUGAAGGCUAUGUCUGAAUGUGGAGCCCCUCACAGAGAGAUGCGCAUGAAUCCCAAAGCAAUCUCUGCCCCACAAAUGUUUGGUCGUCUUGACGUAGCCACCAAUGAUUGGACUGAUGGAAUCUUUUCCACUCUGUGGAGGAGGACGCUUAAAGCCAAGAAAGGGGAGUUCAUAUGGAUUUUGCUGGAUGGCCCUGUGGACGCCAUAUGGAUUGAGAACCUCAACUCUGUGCUGGAUGAUAACAAAACUCUGACCCUGGCUAAUGGUGACCGCAUCGUCAUGUCUCCAUGCUGCAAGCUGGUGUUUGAGGUGCACAACAUGGAUAAUGCCUCCCCUGCUACUGUGUCCCGGGUGGGUAUGGUCUUCAUGAGCUCCUCAGCUCUCAGCUGGCAACCCAUACUCCAGGGAUGGGCUCACAAGCGCAAUGCAAGAGAGGCAGAAAGCAUUUUGACUCUGUAUGACAAGAUAUUUGAGGAUGCUUACUUAUUUAUGAAACAGAAUCUUAAACCGAAAAUGGAGCUGUUAGAGUGCAACUACAUCGUGCAGUCUGUGAAUCUGCUGGAGGGCCUUAUCCCAACCAAGGAGACAGGGGGCUUGGCCGGUGACCACCACCUUGAACGUCUUUUUGUCUUCUGCCUGAUGUGGAGCCUGGGAGCCCUUUUGGAGUUACAGGAUAGAGAAAAACUGGAGAACUUCAUCCAAGCUCAUGACAGUCACAUUGAUGUACCUCAAACCCAGCAGGGGGAGACUAUGUUUGAGUACAUGGUCAACACAAACGGUGAAUGGUGCCAUUGGAAUAACCUUGUUGGAGAGUAUAUCUAUCCAACAGAUUGUGUGCCUGACUACGCUUCCAUUCUUGUGCCAAAUGUGGAUAACACAAGAACCUCCUUCCUCCUGAACACUAUUGCCAAACAACACAAGGCUGUACUGCUUAUUGGUGAACAAGGGACAGCGAAGACCGUCAUGAUAAAAAGCUACACUAAAAAAUUUGAUCCUGAGACAGACCUGUCCAAGUCUGUAAACUUUUCAUCUGCAACAGAACCCAUUAUGUUUCAGCGCACAGUGGAAAGCUACAUUGAGAAAAGGAUCGGCAGCACCUAUGGUCCCCCAGGGGGGCGCAAGAUGACUGUCUUCGUUGAUGACAUCAACAUGCCUAUCGUCAAUGAAUGGGGAGAUCAGAUCACAAAUGAGAUAGUACGCCAGAUGAUGGAAAUGAAGGGCAUGUACAACCUAGACAAACCGGGAGACUUCACCACUAUUGUGGAUGUAAUGAUUCAGGCUGCCAUGAUUCAUCCUGGUGGUGGGAGAAACGACAUCCCACAAAGACUGAAGAGACAGUUUACAGUCUUCAACUGUACUCUGCCAUCCAACACCUCCAUUGAUAAGAUCUUUGGUGUAAUCGGCAGUGGAUAUUUCCAUGAAUGCAGGAAUUUCAAUCCUGAGAUUAUAGAUAUGGUAAAGGGUCUGGUGUCUGCUGGGAGGAUUUUAUGGCAGUGGACGAAGACAAAAAUGCUUCCUACACCAUCCAAGUUCCACUACGUCUUCAAUUUGAGAGACUUGUCCAGGAUCUGGCAAGGGAUGUUAAACGUAAAGGCUGAGGAUUGCAAUGAUAUCCCCACUCUCUUGGCUCUUUUCAAGUGUGAAUGUACGAGGGUGAUUGCUGACAGGUUUAUUUGCUCAGAGGACCGACAGUGGUUUAUGAACGGUGUGUCGCGUGUGAUUGAAGAGCAUGUUGACCCCAGUCUGGUCCCAGGACUUCACUCUGAUCCAUACUUUGUGGAUUUCCUGCAAGAGGCUCCUGAGCCCACUGGAGAAGAAGAGGAAGAUGCCUGUUUCGAUGCCCCCAAAAUUUAUGAACUGGUGCCAAGUUUUGAGUUUUUAUCAGAAAAGCUGAUGCUGUACCAGACCCUGCACAACGAGUUCGUCAGGGGCUCCAGCCUGGAUUUGGUUUUCUUCACAGAUGCCAUGACUCACCUUGUCAAGAUCUCACGAAUCAUUCGAACUGACAAUGGUAAUGCCUUGCUUGUGGGAGUGGGAGGAUCAGGGAAACAGAGCCUGACUCGCCUGGCCUCAUACAUAGCAGGAUACAGCAUCUUCCAGAUCACAUUGACUAAAACAUACAACAUGAGUAAUUUCAUGGAUGACCUCAAACUGUUGUAUAAAACCGCUGGGGCUGAGGGAAAAGGCAUCACCUUCAUCUUCACGGACAAUGAGAUAAAAGAUGAAGCCUUCCUUGAGUACCUCAACAAUGUCCUUUCUUCUGGAGAGGUCUCCAACCUGUUUGCUAAAGAUGAGAUAACAGAGAUCACCCAGAACCUGAUUCCUGUAAUGAAAAGGGAGUUGCCUCGUAUUCCACCGACUUUUGACAAUCUGUAUGACUACUUCAUAUCCCGAUCCAAGAAGAAUCUGCAUGUCGUGCUUUGCUUCUCUCCGGUGGGGCAGAAGUUUCGCAACAGAUCCCUCAAGUUUCCAGGGUUAAUUUCUGGCUGUACCAUGGACUGGUUCACUCCUUGGCCCAACGAGGCUCUGGUGGCUGUAUCCAACUACUUCUUGUCUGAGUUUCCAAUGGUUUGCUCUCCUGAAGUGAAGAGUUCUGUCGUGACCACCAUGGGUACAUAUCAUGACAAAGUGUCUGAAAGCUGUGAAAGCUACUUCGAAAGGUUUCGGAGAAGAACUCAUGUCACUCCUAAAUCCUACCUCUCUUUUGUAAAUGGUUAUAAAACACUGUACACUGAAAAGCACAGCUACAUCAACACACUUGCAGAGCGCAUGUCUGUUGGGUUGGACAAACUGAUGGAGGCGAGUAAGUCUGUGGCUCAACUCUCCAAAGUUCUUGUAGUCAAGGAAAAGGAGCUGGUUAUUGCAUCUGUCAAAGCGGACAAGGUUGUGGCAGAGGUAACUGUCAUUGCUGAAGCUGCUACUAUUGUCAAGAAUGAAGUCCAGAUUGUGAAGGACAGAGCCCAGAAGAUUGUGGACGGGAUCGAGAAAGAGAAAGCUUAUGCGGAGGGAAAGCUAGCGGCUGCCAAGCCAGCUUUAGAGGAGGCUGAAGCUGCACUAAAUACCAUCAAACCUGCUGACAUUGCCACCGUGAGAAAACUAGCCAAGCCUCCGCAUCUGAUCAUGAGGAUUAUGGACUGCUGCCUGCUGCUAUUCCAAAGGAAGUUGGAAACUGUCUCUAUCGAUCCAGAAAAAAAUUGUAUCAAGCCAUCAUGGUCAGAUGCAUUGAAGCUCAUUAGUGCCACUGGUUUUAUGACCUCACUCCAGCAGUUCAAAAAAGAUUCAAUUAAUGAGGAAAUGGUAGAACUGUUGCAGAUGUACUUUGACAUGGAUGAUUACACAAUGGAGCACGCCAAGAAAGUGUGUGGUUGUGUCGCUGGUCUGCUAGCAUGGACGCGGGCUAUGUCAACAUUCUUUGGCAUAAACAAAGAAGUGCUGCCACUCAAGGCUAACCUGGCUGUGCAGGAAAUCAGGCUAACAAAGGCUAAUAAUGAGCUGGGUGCGGCUGAGGCUCUGCUGGCUGCGAAACAAGCAGAGUUUGACGUAGUCAAGGCCAAAUGUGAUGCUGCUUUGAAAGAGAAACAGGAUUUAUUGGAUGAUGCUGAAAUGUGCAAGAAUAAAAUGCAGGCUGCAUCUACACUUAUUGAUGGACUUAGUGGAGAAAAGAUUCGCUGGAUAGAGCAAAGCAAAGAAUUUAAAUCACAGAUUAACAGACUUGUAGGGGAUGUGCUUCAGCUUACUGGCUUCUUGUCUUACUGCGGGCCAUUCAACCAGAGCUUCCGGGACAUGUUGUUGAAGCACACCUGGGAGAAGGAGCUCAGGAAGCAUAACAUCCCUUUUACAGAAAACCUCAACAUUAUUUCUGCCCUAGCCGAUCCUCCCACUAUAAGCGAGUGGAACCUUCAAGGACUCCCUGGAGAUGAUUUGUCUGUGCAGAAUGCCAUCAUCGUCACAAAAGCCACAAGAUACCCCCUCCUCAUUGACCCCCAGACUCAGGGAAAGGCCUGGAUUAAGGAAAAAGAAAAGGCUACUAUGCUCCAAGUGACGUCACUCAACCACAAAUUCUUUCGCUCCCAUUUGGAAGACUGCCUCUCUAUGGGACGCCCACUGCUUAUCGAAGAUGUAUCUGAGGAGCUAGACCCUGCACUUGACAACGUCCUUGAGAAAAACUUUAUUAAAUCUGGUACCAGUUUCAAGGUUAAAGUGGGAGACAAAGAGGUAAAUGUGAUGGAUGGCUUCCAGCUCUAUAUAACCACCAAACUGCCCAAUCCAUCAUACAGCCCAGAAGUCAGCGCCAAGACAUCCAUCAUUGAUUUCACUGUGAACAUGAAGGGCCUGGAGAACCAGCUACUGGGCCGCGUCAUCCUCAGAGAGAAAUACGAGCUAGAGGCGGAAAGAUUGAAGCUGAUUGAGGAUGUUACUGCCAAUAAGAGAAAGAUGCAGGAAUUGGAAGACAACUUGCUGUACAAACUCAGCAGCACCAAAGGUUCCUUGGUUGAUGAUGACUCUAUGAUCGGCAUCUUGAGUACAACUAAGCGAACUGCAGCUGAAGUCAGUGCAAAGCUCAGUGUCGCAGCAGAUGCAGAGGUCAAGAUCAAUAUAGCUCAAGCAGAAUAUCGUCCUGUCGCCUCCCGAGGUAGCACCGUGUACUUCCUCAUCACAGAGAUGAGCAUGGUCAAUGUCAUGUACCAGACCUCUCUGGGGCAGUUCCUCAAAGUCUUUGACCUGUCACUAGAAAGGUCUGAGAAGUCCGCUAAAACUCAGAAGCGAAUUGCAAACAUUAUUGAGUCUCUGACCUACGAGGUGUUCAGAUACACAGUGAGAGGCCUAUAUGAAAACCACAAGUUCAUCUUCACACUCCUGCUGGCUCUCAAGAUUGACCUGCAGAAGAAUAAAAUAGAGCAUGACAAGUUUCAGAUACUUAUUAAAGGUGGUGCUGCUCUUGACCUGAAGACCUGCCCCACAAAGCCGUUCAGUUGGAUCCUGGAUAUGGUAUGGCUAAAUAUGGUUGAACUCGGCAAAUUGCCACAGUUUGCCAACAUCAUAACCCAGGUGUCUCAAAAUGGGAAACUCUGGAAAGCAUGGCUCAAUCUAGACGCCCCAGAGGAAGGUGUCAUCCCAGAUGGAUACAAUUCUCUCGAUGUCUUCAUUAAACUUCUGCUAAUAAGGUCUUGCUGCCCUGACCGCACCCUGUCUCAGGCCAGAAAGUAUGUCGGAGAUUCCUUGGGCAUGAGGUUUGCUGAGCCGGUCAUCUUGAACCUUCACAACACUUGGGAGGAGAGUGACCCUCGCACCCCUCUGAUUUGCUUCCUUUCUAUGGGUUCAGAUCCCACUGAACAAAUUGAAGCACUUGCUAAGAAACUUCUACUUGAAUGCAGAGCUAUAUCCAUGGGGCAAGGGCAGGAAGUGCAUGCAAGGAAGCUUGUUAAGACGUCAAUGACGCAUGGGGGCUGGGCCCUUCUGCAAAAUUGCCAUCUGGGCCUGGAGUUUAUGGAGGAGUUGCUGGAAACCAUUACAACUGCUGAGACCAUGCAUGAUUCCUUCAGGGUUUGGAUCACCACGGAGCCAAAUGAGUUUUUCUCCAUCACACUACUACAGUCCUCCAUCAAGUUUACCAACGAUCCACCCCAAGGAAUUCGUGCUGGUUUGAAACGUACAUUUGCAGGGAUUUCCCAGAACCAGUUGGAAGUCAGCAACCUGCCCAUGUGGAAGCCUAUGCUGUACAGUGUGGCAUUUCUACACACUGCUGUGCAGGAGCGACGCAAAUUCGGACCAUUGGGUUGGAACAUACCCUAUGAGUUCAACUCUGCGGACUUCACUGCCAGUGUUGAAUUUGUUGAGAGACACUUGGAUGAUUGUGGCCCCAGGAAGGAUGUGUCCUGGGUAACUGUGCGAUACAUGCUAGCUGAGGUGCAGUAUGGAGGAAGGGUUACAGAUGAUUAUGACAAACGCCUACUGCAGUGUUUUGCACGAGUGUGGUUCAGUAAAAAGAUGUUCGACCCAUUAUUUUGCUUCUACACGGGCUACAAAGUCCCAGUGUGCAAGACAGUAGACGAGUACAUUGAAUGUAUUCAGAGCUUACCCACUGCGGACUCCCCACAGGCAUUGGGGCUGCAUCCUAAUGCGGAUAUCACGUAUCAGACAAACACAUCGGCUGAAGUGCUAGAGACAAUUACAAAUAUCCAGCCAAAGGAAAGCGGAGGAGGAUCAGGAGCAACUCGGGAGUCCAUUGUUUACAGCAUGGCAGAAGACAUGUUGGAGAAGCUGCCCCCCAAUUAUGUGCCACAUGAGGUCAAAGCCAGACUGUUGAAGAUGGGAGCUCUAAACCCAAUGAACAUCUUCCUACGCCAAGAGGUAGAUCGAAUGCAAAGGAUCAUCGGUGUGGUGCGGAUUAGUCUGACGGACCUGAAGCUGGCCAUUGAUGGUACCAUCAUAAUGAGCGAGAACCUCCGUGAUGCACUGGACAAUAUCUUUGAUGCCCGUGUGCCGAACCAGUGGAGGAAAGUCUCCUGGGAUUCCUCCACACUGGGCUUCUGGUACACAGAGCUUCUGGAGAGAAAUAAACAAUUUCACAGCUGGGUGUUUGAAGGAAGACCAAAAGCUUUUUGGAUGACAGGUUUCUUCAACCCGCAGGGGUUCCUAACCGCUAUGAGACAAGAAGUAACGAGGGCAAACAAAGGCUGGGCUCUGGACACGGUAAACCUGCACAACAAAGUUCUGAAACAGGCCCUGGAGGAGAUCACUGCCUCGCCUACAGAGGGAGUCUAUGUCUAUGGUCUGUACCUGGAAGGUGCCAGCUGGGACAGGAAGAACGUCCACCUCAUCGAGUCCUCACCCAAAGUGCUGUUCACACCCCUGCCUGUCAUCCACAUGUUUGCCAUUAACUCUACUGCCCCCAUGGACCCCAAACUGUAUAUCUGCCCCAUAUACAAGAAACCAAGGCGCACAGAUCUGAAUUACAUCACAGCAGUGGUGUUGCAUACCGUCCAGCCACCAGACCACUGGAUCAUGCGUGGAGUCGCCCUGCUAUGCGACAUCAAAUAAUAAGAUAGCUGCAUGUAUUUGUUAAUGUGUGACAUUACUUAAAGGGAAAAUAAAUGUAUUUUUAAGGUCAAAUAUUUCAAAAUGUAUUCUUAGCAGUUUUAUUUUUCUAGUUGUCUCACUCACUUCAACAGGACAUCUGUGUAUU